AGUAUUUUAAAAAACGAAGAUUGGGAUUUGGGUUAGCUGUUGGAUUCUUUGCCAAAUAACUAAAGUUUCAAUCUUUGAUUGGAAACUGCAAUUCGAUUGUUGAUAAAAUUUGGGGGUUUUAUUGACUUUACGGUGUUUUUGCGUGGUUUCCUUUUUAAUGGAGCUAUUGGGGAUUAUAGUAAAUUUUGGGGUUAGAAAGCGUUGAUUCUUUCUGUCAUGGACGAAGUUGGUCCUAGUAAUCAAGGAGAGCCGCGGAUGAACUCGGAAUUGUGCUCCGAUGAAGGCUCUGCGAUGCGGUGGAGGCCGAGGCAGCUGGUAUUUAGGCCGUUUUCUACUAGGAAAGAAGCUGAUAGAAAGCUGCGUGUUUUUGUCAGGAGGCCUUUGGUGGCAAGACUGACAAAGGACAUAAUUGAAACGUACCAAAUAUGCAACUCACAAUUUAAAUAUUCAGAAGAACUGAAUCCAAAGCGGUUUUUGACUAGCCCAUCUGUUGGUGCCCUCAAUGAUGGCUAUGACAAUGUGAACUCAGAUCUUAUUCUAACAGUGAACUUUGUCUUGAUCAAUUUAGAAACACAGAGAAGAUAUAUUGUCAAAGAUGUUCUUGGUCAUGGGACUUUCGGGCAGGUUGCUAAAUGCUGGGUUCCUGAAACAAGCAGUUUUAUUGCUGUGAAGAUAAUUAAAAACAAACCUGCUUACCAUCAGCAGGCAUUGGUUGAAGUUUCUAUUUUGACAACGCUAAACAAAAAGUAUGAUCCAGAAGACAAGCAUCACAUUGUCCGCGUUUAUGAUUACUUCGUGUAUCAACGUCAUUUGUGCAUUUGUUUUGAACUUCUUGAUGCAAAUCUGUUUUGCAGCAUUUUAUUGACAUUUCCUCCCUUAUCUAGGUAUGAACUCAUCAAGAUAAAACAUUUCAGGGGUUUGCCAUUGAGCAUUGUUCGGCUGUUUUCAAAACAGAUUCUACGUGGACUGGCUUUAUUAAAAGAUGCUGGAAUAAUUCAUUGUGAUCUUAAGCCAGAAAAUAUUCUUUUAUGCACAAGUGUCGAGCCAACUGAAAUUAAAAUAAUUGAUUUCGGAUCAGCUUGCAUGGAAGAACGGACUGUUUAUUCCUACGUUCAGAGCCGAUAUUAUAGAUCUCCUGAAGUUCUUCUUGGAUACCAAUAUACAACAGCCAUUGACAUGUGGUCCUUUGGCUGCAUAGUCGCCGAACUGUUUUUAGGGCUGCCUUUAUUCCCAGGUGCUUCAGAAUUUGAUCUUCUAAGGCGAAUGAUUAAAAUACUUGGAUUGCAACCCCCUGAUUAUGUUCUAAAGGAGGCAAAGAACACGAGUAAGUUUUUUAAGUGCGUUGGGAGCAUACACAAUAUAGAGAACGGUGAAGUUGGUGGCAGAAGUGCUUACCAAGCAUUAACAGAAGAAGAAUAUGAAGCUAGGAAGUUAAAAAAACCGUUGGUGGGGAAAGAAUAUUUCAGUCAUAAGAACCUUGAAGCAAUCGUUACAAAUUAUCCUUACCGGAAAAACUUGCCUGAAGAAGAUAUCAUUAAAGAGGGUCAAAUACGAUUAGCUUUGAUUGAUUUCCUGAGGGGACUAGUUGAGUUUGAUCCAGCAAAACGGUGGUCACCUUUCCAGGCUUCAAAACACCCUUUUGUUACUGGGGAACCUUUCACAUGCCCAUACAGACCUCCCCCUGAGACCCCUCGCUUGCCUGUUGCUCAAAACAUCAAGGUGGAUCAUCACCCUGGUGGAGGGCAUUGGUUUGCAGCUGGUCUUUCCCCUAAUAUUGAAAACAGGAACAUGGUUCCCUUUCAUAACAGCCCACAUUUCCAAAUGGUUCCGUAUGGUCAUGCAAAUAGCUAUGGCAGUAUUGGAAGUCAUGGCAGCUAUAGUGAUAAUACAGGGCUUGGAAGCAGCUACGGUAGUUAUGGAGAUAGUAAUAAUAUGAUUGCAUAUUAUUCACCUGUUGGUCCGUCUGCAAUGAACAUGCAUCCGCAGAGCGCGACAUCAAUGCUUGGAAGUAGUCCUGAUGCUAGAUGGAGAUAUAUGCAGUACUCUCAGGGGGCAGGACUUGGUGUGAGUCCAUUAGCUGGAAACUUCGCACCACUUCCUCUUGGCACUAGUCCCUCGCAAUUUACUCCUCCAAGCUCUUACAAUCAAGUUUUCAGUGGUUCUCCUGGGCGUUAUGGUCCUACUUCUCUUGCUAGAAACAGUUUUCAGGGAUCACCUUUAAGUAAGAUGGCUACAGCUGGCCAGUUUAAUCGAAGAAAAAGUUGGGGAUAUUCCGGAAGUUCCCAAUCACAAGAGAGUUCAUCAUCUUCAAAUUGCCAAGGACAAGUAACUGAUGGCACCAUUUCUAGCCAAGCUGAGGGGCAGUCUAAUGUGGUUGGUCUCCCCUCUCACAUACAGUCAAAUUCUAACUCAUCAAAUUGGAACCAACAGCUAGUUGGCAUUGGAAUGGUUACAGGCUACCCAACUGUUCAGAAUAUACCCAACUCCAGAGGACUUGGUUUUAAUGUGCGACUGCAGCAUAGCACAGGAGCAACUCAAGACAUGUCAGAGGCUAGCAUGCCAUUGCUUGAUCCUGGAGAUUGGGAUCCAAAUUAUAGUGAUAAACUACUUCUACAAGAGGAUGGAUCAGAAGAGAGCUACUUAUCAGCUGACUUUAACAGAGGAAUGCAUAUUGGUUCAGCUGAUUCCUCCGUUGGAGUUGGAAGAUUCAACCGUCCCUCAACCUCAAGCUUAAAUUUAUCAAUUCAAAGACAAAAUGGACCUGUAGGAUUUUCGCAUGUAGAAGUGGGUAGCUCUCCUUCAGUUAAUGAUUUUCAUGCUGGAUAUUGUCGUUAUUUGUCGAAGCAUUCUCACUUCAUCCCACAUAUGACACAAAAUUUGCCUAGCCGUUUGGGGAAGCAAACUAUUCAGCAGUUCAAUAACGGCAGAUCCACUGGUGCUCGGGGUAGCAAAUGGAAUCACAUGAAAGUCCAGGUCCCUCUUAGCUUUAAUUCUGGGGGCCAACAAUCUCCUACAUUCAGUAAUGGCAUGCCAUGGGGUCAUAGGGCCAGCCAUCCCGUCUCAAAUAUUCCACCAGGUUCUCGUGGAAGAAAGGACUACGGAAGGAUUGCAUAAUGUUGGAACCGAACUCGAGUUUUUACGCCGUGGGAUUAUGUAUUGGGUGGGUGUUUGGCAAGAAAUAUGUACUCAGAUAGUUCACUUAAUUAGUGAGCCAAGUAUAAGCAAAUGUUCAUGCAGACCAUGCUCAUUAGUUGUGCUUCUCAUAAAUAUGGGAAUUUAUAGCGGCUGUUUCUGCUUGCCUCCAAUCAAAUUGCGUGCUAUUCCCAUUUUGCCAAUCUACAGGGUUACUGAGAUGUCCAAUGAAGCUGCCUCAACACGAUGUUUAUGUUAUGACUGGUAUAUGAAACGUACAUGCAUGCAUGCAUGUUCCGUAUUUAUUAUAUAUUUUAUGAUUCGUUAUUAACAUAUAUUUAAUGAUUGAAAGUGUACUUAUUUAUAUA